UCCAAAAUCACCCACCCGAACGAAUCACUCCUUCCAGAUUCCCUUUCCCUUUCCUUCUCCUCCCAAGCAUACAAAUAGAAUAAAAUAACAACCCCCCUGAUUCUCUCUCUCUCAACAUGGCGACUUCUCUUCUCCUUUCAAACCCCAUCUCUCCCUACUCUCACCUCCCAACUAAUAAAUUCAAAACCACCUCAAAACUCUUCACUCUUUCAAACCCCUUCAAACCCUCCCAAUUCAAUUCUUCACCAUUCCUCAGUAGUCGCAAACAAUUUUCAUCAAAGCCUCUGACAAGAAUACUCUCCCAAAUCGACGGACCAACUCCGAGGUCAGUGUUGGAAUUGUCUGAUGAGGAGGAAGUUGAUGAUGUUUUGGUGGGCGAGGAUUCUGCGGAAUUCGAUUUCGCCAAACAGAAGAUUUCCUCUUGGAUUUCCUUCGCUGCCGUUUUGGGGAUUGUUCUGCUUGUGCUAGACGUGGCCUGGAUCGAUAGCUCUACUGGGUUCGGCAAAGCCUUCAUUGAUUCUGUUUCCUCCAUUUCAGAGAGCCACGAGGUUGUGAUGUUUACGCUUACUCUCAUUUUUGCCGUUGUCCACAGUGGCUUGGCUAGUUUCAGAGAUAAGGGUGAGAAACUCAUUGGAGAACGUGCUUUCCGUGUUUUGUUUGCGGGCUUAUCUCUUCCGUUGGCUCUUAGUACAGUUGUAUACUUCAUUAACCACCGAUAUGAUGGUGUGCAGUUGUGGCAGCUGCAAAGUGUUCCUGGAUUACAUCAAGUUGUGUGGCUCUCUAAUUUUAUUUCCUUCUUUUUCCUCUAUCCUUCAACCUUUAAUUUGUUAGAGGUAGCGGCUGUUGAUAAGCCUAAAAUGCAUCUUUGGGAGACAGGUAUCAUGAGAAUAACCAGGCACCCACAGAUGGUUGGGCAGGUGAUGUGGUGCUUGGCUCACACAAUCUGGAUUGGGAACUCUGUUGCAGCAGCAGCCUCCAUUGGCCUGAUAGGACACCAUCUGUUUGGUGUUUGGAAUGGAGACAGGAGGCUAGCUAUACGAUAUGGUGAGGCCUUUGACGUUGUGAAGAGCCGAACAAGCGUUAUUCCAUUUGCAGCCAUCCUCGAUGGUCGACAAAAGUUGCCGAAAGACUACUACAAAGAAUUCAUUCGAUUGCCGUAUUUAUCAAUCACUGCAUUGACUUUAGGUGCAUAUCUGGCUCAUCCACUCAUGCAGGCUGCCAGUUUUCGGCUUCACUGGUAGAGGUUAGAUCCCACUUCAUUUCAAAUGAGAAGCACUAAUUUGAAAUCCUGUGUAUCUGCAUAUAGUUAACGAUAUAUGUAUCAAGGUUAUCUUUUUGAGUGUUAUAGAAAAAAAUUUAAUCUCUUGCACAAACUAGCUUGAUAUUGAAGUUAUAUGAAAGAUUUGAACAUUUGAUUGGUUUCU